AUGGCAAACGUAUCCGUUGAUAAAGAGACGUUUUUUCGGCGUAUGAAGCGGCUUUAUACCGCAUGGAAGGAUGGGGAAGUUGGUACAGACGAUAGUUUUAGUAAAAUGGAUUGUCUCGUUUCCGCCGUGGGCACGGACGAGGAUAUCGUGUACAGCAAAUCGACAGCGUUGCAGACAUGGUUCCUCAGUUAUGAACUUACAGAUACUAUAAUGAUCUUAGCAGAAGAAUGUAUCUGUUUCUUGGCUAGUAAGAAAAAAAUUGAAUUUGUCAGAAAACUUGAAAAUCAGAAAACGGAAGACACUGGUGUACCUUCUGUAAAAUUACUUGUGAGGGAUAGAAAUGAUGAAGAUAAAGCCAAUUUUGCUAAACUUAUUGAGAUCAUAAAACAAAGUAAAAAGGGUAAAACAUUGGGUGUUUUUUCUAAAGAAAAUUAUCCAGGUGCCUUUAUGGACGCGUGGAGAGCUGCAUUAAAGCCAGAAUCUUUUGAUACGAUUGAUGUAAGUGCUGCAGCUGCAUAUGUAAUGUGUCCAAAAGAAGAUGCUGAAAUUCAUACCAUAAAAAAGGCGUGUUUAGUAUCUGUGGAUGUCUUCACAAAAUAUCUUAAGGAUCAAAUUAUGGAAAUUAUAGAUUCUGAUAAGAAAGUUAAGCAUUCAAAGCUUGCAGAAGGUGUAGAUGCUGCUAUAACAAAUAAGAAGUAUGUAACUAGUGUUGAUGUUACUCAAGUAGAUAUGUGUUAUCCUGCGAUAAUACAAAGUGGUGGAAAUUACUCUUUGAAGUUUAGUGUUGUUAGUGAUAAAAACACUUUGCAUUUCGGUGUCAUUGUUUGCUCUCUUGGAGCGCGUUACAAAUCUUAUUGUUCCAAUAUAGUUCGAACAUUGUUGGUAAAUCCUACUAAAACCAUUGAGGAUAAUUAUAACUUCCUUUUACAAUUAGAAGAGGAGAUUCUAAAGAAAUUAGUAGCUGGAGUGAAAAUAAGCGAAGUAUAUGAAACAGGGGUAAAGUAUGUAAAGGAUGAAAAACCGGAGAUGAUUGAUCAUUUAACCAAACACUUUGGAUUUGCAAUGGGUAUUGAAUUUAGAGAAAGUUCUUUACUUAUUGGUCCAAAAACUCAUGCAGUACUAAAGAAAGGCAUGGUAUUCAAUGUAAAUGUUGGAUUGGCGAAUCUUACAAACUCAGAAGCUACUGAUAAAGAAGGAAAAACCUAUGCACUUUUCAUUGGUGACACAGUUAUGAUUAAUGAGGCACAACCUGCUACGAAUUUAACACCUUCAAAAAAAAAGGUAAAAAAUAUUGGAAUAUUUGUUAAGGAUGAAGAGGAAGAAGAAGAAGAAGGAAGUGGAAAGGAAAAUGAACCUAAACCUGAGAUCCUUGGUCGUGGAAAGAGAACAGCUGUAAUAGAAUCUAAAUUGAGAACAGAACAUAGUUCUGAGGAAAAGAGAAAACAACAUCAAAAAGAACUGGCACAACAGCUAAAUGAAGUUGCAAAAGCUCGGUUAGCUCAACAAUCUGGUGGGAAGGAACAAGAAAAGAUACGGAAGUCAACAAUAUCGUACAAAAGUCUGAGUCAUAUGCCACGAGAACCAGAAGUAAAGGAAUUGAAGUUAUACGUUGACAAAAAAUAUGAAACUGUAAUUUUGCCCAUUUUUGGGAUUCCUGUACCCUUCCAUAUAUCCACAAUUAAAAAUAUUUCUCAGUCGGUAGAAGGAGAUUACACGUACCUCCGAAUAAAUUUUUUUCAUCCUGGUGCCACAAUGGGUCGGAACGAAGGUGGAUCAUAUCCACAACCCGAUGCUACAUUCGUCAAAGAAGUAACAUAUCGAAGUACAAACACCAAAGAGCCUGGUGAAAUUUCGGCACCAUCUUCUAAUUUAAACACAGCCUUCAGAUUAAUUAAAGAAGUUCAAAAGAAAUUCAAAAAUAGAGAAGCAGAAGAAAGGGAGAAGGAGGAUCUUGUAAAACAGGACACUCUAAUACUCUCUCAAAAUAAGGGUAAUCCAAAACUAAAAGACUUGUACAUUCGACCAAAUAUCGUUUCGAAGAGAAUGACAGGAGGUUUAGAAGCACAUGUGAAUGGAUUCCGUUACACUUCGGUUAGAGGAGAUAAAGUUGAUAUUCUUUACAAUAAUAUUAAAAAUGCCUUUUUCCAACCGUGUGAUGGCGAAAUGAUCAUAUUGCUUCAUUUUCAUUUAAAACACGCAAUAAUGUUUGGUAAAAAGAAGCACGUGGACGUGCAAUUUUAUACAGAAGUUGGUGAAAUCACGACAGAUUUAGGGAAACAUCAACACAUGCACGAUCGUGACGAUCUUGCUGCUGAACAAUCAGAACGAGAACUUAGGCAUAAAUUGAAAACUGCCUUUAAGAGUUUUUGUGAAAAAGUCGAAAGCAUGACGAAACAAGAAAUUGAAUUUGAUACACCGUUCCGAGAUCUGGGAUUCCCUGGAGCACCAUUCAGGAGUACUGUUCUUCUGCAACCCACUAGUGGUUGUUUAGUAAAUCUCACAGAAUGGCCUCCAUUUGUUAUAACUUUAGAAGAUGUUGAACUUGUUCACUUUGAAAGAGUGCAAUUUCACCUUAAGAAUUUUGAUAUGAUUUUUGUUUUCAAAGACUAUCAUAGAAAAGUCGCUAUGUUAAAUGCCAUUCCCAUGAACAUGUUAGAUCAUGUAAAGGAGUGGCUAAACUCGUGUGACAUCAGAUAUACAGAAGGUGUACAAUCUUUGAAUUGGACAAAGAUUAUGAAAACUAUCACAGAUGAUCCUGUAGGAUUCUUUGACAGUGGUGGUUGGAGUUUCUUGGACCCAGAGAGUGAUGCAGAAAAUGAUGAAGUAGAAGACGAGGAGGAAGAAGAAGACGAUGCUUAUGAGCCAUCUGACUUUGACACUGAAGAGGAAUCUGAUGAUGAUUCUGAAUACUCUGAAGCUUCAGAAGAUUCAGAUAGCGAAGAAGAGGAGUUGGGUAGCUCUGAAGAAUCUGGUAAAGACUGGUCUGACUUAGAACGGGAAGCAGCUGAAGAAGACAAAGAAAGAGGAGAAGAUAGAUUCCAUGAUGAUUAUAAUUCAAGUAAAAAGAAAAAAGGAAGUCGAAAACAUUCACCAUCACCAUCAAAAGACAGACAUAAUUCGAAGCACAAGAGUUCUUCAAGUUCAAAAAGUAAAAGUUCGUCCAGUAGUAAAGAUAAAAAAUCAUCGUCGUCGGAUAAACAUAGUCCCAAGAAGAGCGAUAAACAUGAUAAACACAAGUCGUCAAAUCACUCUUCGUCUAGCAGUAAGAAACGAACUCGUGAAGAUAGUGCAGAAAGAAAUGAUAGGGGAUCGAAGAAAUCUAAGAAAUAAGGAAGAUAUCAUUGAAGGAUAUCAAGACACAUUGGAGGAAGCACAUAUGAAAACACAAACACCGAAUGUUGGUUCUAUAUUAAACUUUCUUAUGGUACGUCGAUUAAGUUAGAAGGAUAGUACAUUUUCUUGCAUUGAUUCAUUUAAACUCUUAGCAAACGAUUUGUUAUUGAUAUUAUUUAAAAGUUCGAUAGUGUGCUGCUAAGGCUUGGAUACUUAUCAGUAUCUGCUUGGUGAUAGCGAUGUAAUGUGUAUGAACUUGUACGGGUAAUUUAACAUAAAUUUACGAAUGAACACAUUUUUUAUCACUUGUACAUAAAACUCUUUUUUAAGUAAAAAAAAAUGUCGAUCUUAAUUAUAUAAUAUAACUACUAACACGUAUCAUUUCAUUCCAUUGUUCGUUUGCUGGUAGUAUUCAAAUGUAUUUGUAAUAACUUAUUAAGUUUGUGAAUUAAAAAUGUAUUGAAGUAUUGGAACGGUAUCCAUUGUACAGAUAGUAUAUAUAAAAAGAAAACAACGUCUUGUCUGUUAUUGUUUUUUUAUUAAAUGAAUACGAAAAUUAAUUCUUAAUUAUAAUAAACAAUAGGAAAACUUACAGGUAUAUAAUUGUAACACACUCUCAAUGCAAGACAAUGCACUAGUGUUAACUGUCGUACGUAAGACACCCAGAAAAUAGAUAUUAAUUUACUAAGCAAAGAAAGCUGAAAUGGAUCAAAAUCGUUGAUAAUUUUGUUCGCACGGCUCUGAAAUUUGUACCUUGGUAAACAAAAUAAAUACUUUUUAAGUUAUUUAUCAUUAAUGUACGAGAUAUUGUCACUUAUUGACAGAGUGUCCACAGAAAUAGAAUCGUUGCUACUGUAAUAUAUCACGCUCAUGGUACAUUUUUAAAGACGGCACAAUUACUUAACAUUUCUUGCUUUUGUUUGAGUUAAAAUUUUUGUUUCAUUUUACAGUAGCAUAAAAAUCAAAUGAAAAUUCAUUCGUCCUUCAGAUCUUACAUAAUUACUUUCUUAACUUCGCGAGAAAGAACGGGAUAUUGAAUUCAUAGAUUUGUACAAAGGUGAAAGUAGAAUGAAAGUAAACAG